AUGUCCGCCGUUGCUUCCCUCGCCCAGGAGCUCGUCGACGCAAUCCUCGACUUUCUGCACGAUGACCGCGCAAGCCUCCUCCAGAGCAGCCUCGUCGCCCGCCAAUGGGUGCCUGCCACACGCUACCACCUUUUUCAGCGGAUUACCCUCAGUCUUGUCCGCCAUCGCGGGUCCACCACCGGAAUCCGCGAUACUGCCCGCCCAUUCCUCCAGUUGUCUCGCUCGCCGCUGUGUACCAUGCUUCCCGGUAUCCAAGAUGUCCUGAUUGCGGUUCAGGCCGACUGGGAAGCCCAGCUAAUCCAGAAUAUCAUCGAGCUGCUUGGCUCUUCCCCCAUUCGCAAGCUGCUCUUCAUCGACAUGGAGAGCGAGCCAAAACCCCUCGCUUGGAUUGCUCAGCACUUUCCCCAUCUCCGAGAACUCGUCUACAACGGCACUACUCACUUCCUUUCAGACCCGUUGGCGUUGGUGACUUCCUUUCCGCACUUGCGAAGCCUGUCGCUUUUUUCACGGCCGUCAUACCUGACGACACCUUGCGCUUUCACAGAUCUCUCUUCUCCACAUUCCUUUCACCAUCUUUCAACUCUCCAACUCCGUUUCCUCGCCGCAGAAGUCGACAAGUUUAUUGCGUGGCUCCUCACCCUUGGAGACGAUGCCAUGCAUCUCGAAACCCUCGACAUCGUGUCGUUCUUCGAGUAUCAUUCUGGCUGGGGCCCAGUGUCCAACUUGAAUGCCUUUUUGAAGGCUCAAAGCAAGUCUCUGCGGACGUUCCGCAUUCAAAUCAAGUACGAGGAGUCGGACGCAGACAUUAGCGAUGUGGAGCGUGUCUCGAAUAUCAGCCAGGGCGACAUCGAUCUCAGUCCGCUCACCAAACUGGAGACAUUGUACAUCAAUCAGCACCACGUAGCCGCGCUCCUCGCCGCCCUUUCAUCCGUAUCCAGCCCGUCCAUCGCCGCCGUCGAAAUCUCCUUCAAAGACUGGCCGUACUGGGAGUUCAACCAUCCGUGCAGCUGCCGCAUCCCCGACCAAGUGGUCGAAUUCUCGGAGCUGGUCGCGCAGGACAGAUUCAAGACGCUGACGAAUCUGACUGUGCGCGUGCCCGAGUUCACGGGACGCUCCCCGGACGAGGCGCUGGAGGCGUACUCUCCGCAGUGGGCAACGCGAUGGGCGGGCACGGGCGUGGCGCAUGUUUUGUUUCUCGACGAGGACAGAUACCCGGCGGGUGCGAUGGAACGAGACGAUGUGCGUGCCGCGAUGUUUGGAUUCUUGAAGGAGACGGAGCAAGCCGAAUGA